CUCUAACAAAAAAACCCUAGCCGUCAAGAGCUCCACCACCGACCUCCAUCAUCGUCGACCUCAAUCACCAUGCGGACCUCCAUCAUCGUUGUCGCGACCGCCUUCCUCCUCACGCCGACGUUGUCCCCGCCUUACCCGCUGCCCUCGUCGCCCCAGCCGCACUUGUCGCCGUCUUUACACCACUGUCGCCGCCUCUGCCUCCCCUGCCGCCGCGCCGUUGUCCUCCCCCCGCGCCCCGCCGCGCCGCUGUCCUCCCCUGCUCCGCCGCCGCGAGGUCAAGACUCUUCCCUGCCUCCCUCUUUCCUCAUCCCUAUUUUUUUCCAGAUCUGAUAGUCUCUACUGGUACCAAUACCACUGGUAGCACUAUUAGUGCCAAUACCACUGGUAGCACUAUUGGUACCAAUACCACUGGUAGCGCUAUUGGUACGCUACCACUACUCACUGGUACCAAUACCAGUUACUCCCCUAUCAUCUGGUACCACUAUCAUUUGUAUUUUUUUUUUGUGUGUGUUAUUCUCUACUGGUACCGCUACCAAUGCUAGUGGUAGCGCUACCAGUGCUAGUAGCGUUGUGUUAUUCUCUACUGGUAGCGUUGUACUGGUAGCGUACCACUAGUACUGGUACAUUUUUUACUGGUACCGCUAGUACUGGUACAUUUUUUAACGUACUGGUAGCGUACCACUAGCACUGGUAUAUUAAUUACCAGUAGACUAAUAGAUUGGUACACUUUUUAACGCAUUGGUACAUUUUUUCAGGUUGCCGGAGGGAGUCUGCCGGAGAGAAUUCGCCGGAGAAAAAGUUUGUCGGUCGAUGCGGAGUGGCUGCUGGAGAAAGGAAGAGAGAGAGAUAGAUAGAGAUAUUAAUGUAUAGGAUCUAAAUUUCAGAAAAAAUUGUAUUUAAUAUGGGUAUUUAAUUCCCAAUAUAAUUAAUACAAAAAAGGUAAUUAAUAUAUUUAUUUUUUUCAUACCCAAUACCCUUGGUUGUGAAUCUGACAACCCCCAAAAGGGUUGUCACCGUAUCCUGUCCUGACUGACUGCUCGCUGAUAGAUGAAUUGUUUCAAAUUCAUUGUUUGAUUCACCAAAAGUAAUGUAAUUUUUUUUUCUAUAAUUUCAAAAUCCAUAACUUUAUCAUUUUAGUUUCACAACAAAUAUUAAAUAUAUAGUAAGAAAGGGUGGAGUCCGUAAUGAUCAUGGGAUUUUUCAAAAUCCUUUGGAGAACAAAACCCAGAAUAUGAGGUGGGGGUGUGGGGCCCACGUGACAACAAAGAAGAAACAAUCAAAAGGGAUGCUUUGGUUUGGACAUAAUCUUCAAUCAUUUUCAUAAUAGAGGAUAGGAGUCUUCUCGUGGCGCUUCAAUCUACUUUCAAAACAGGAUGGCGCUCGUUAUUAUCCAUUAUUAUUAUUAUUAUUAUUUUUUUUUUUUUUUUUAAAAAGUAUGAACGGCGCCCAAUUUGGUUUAGGUGAAAUGAAGAUUGGUUUGUGCACCAAGAAAAAUUAGGCCGAACCGUCUUCUUUGACCUUCUUCACUUCCUAUCAACAUUCACCACCCAAUAAACCAAAAAUUCAAACCCUUCCUUCCUCCAAAAGGGAAAAAAAGACGCGGAGAAGAAAUCAAGAUAGGCCUACUAUUAAUUAACACAUACAGAUCGCGAAAUAAAUAAAUAAAUAAAUGAGAAAAAACAACAACAGAUAUCAAUAUCAACCAACACAGUUUGCCAAUAUGAAUUUGUCAGCCAAAGCUUGGAAGAUAAGGAAACAGACCAGAUUGAGAUGGCGACAUGAUGAUUCAGAAUAAUUAGGGGAUUCAGAGUACUGUUUCCUUCCUUCCCUGCCCAGUGCCCAUCAAUACCCCACCUUCUUCCUCAUCAUAUCCUUCUUCAAAAAUAUUAGUUUGUUCUUCAUCUUUUCAGCUUUCCACUUCCUUUUGCCUGCUUUCGGUUUUGUUACAAAUCGGUAGAAAGGGUGGUGAUGGCCCGAGAUCCCAAUCCAGAAUUGGUAUCGGAUCGGGGUAGAGAAUAGUAUACAUGGAAAAUAAGAUCGAAAUCGAACC